UCAUCGAAAGCGUCGUCGUAUUGACCCUAGCUAUUACAUUGAUAGUCUCCCCUAAUCUCAUUGGCGUCCUCGUUUCAGCUUUCGGAGUUUGGAACCCUCACCAGUUAGGAAAGGAAGUCAAAAAGAUGGAAGUAAACAAGGAGAAGUACGCUGCUGAUCUCUCCUCUAUCAAAGAAGCACGUGCACGUAUCAGUUCUUUCGUACACAAAACUCCAGUUAUGACCUCGGAGUCUCUUGAUGCCAUUUCUGGUAGGAAGCUGUUCUUUAAAUGUGAAUGUUUCCAAAAGGGGGGAGCAUUCAAGUUCAGAGGUGCUUGCAAUGCUAUAUUUUCACUUGAUGACCAGCAGGCUGCUAAGGGAGUUGUAACUCAUAGCAGCGGUAACCAUGCUGCAGCAUUGGCGUUGGCUGCAAAGUUACGCGGGAUCACUGCGUACGUAGUCAUUCCGAAAAAUGCACCUCAAUGUAAAGUUCAGAACGUUUUGCGUUAUGGUGGUCGGGUUAUAUGGAGUGAGGCAAGGGUGCAGUCAAGGGAGGAAACUGCAACCAAAGUGUUGCAAGAAACUGGAGCUGCUCUUAUACAUCCAUAUAAUGAUGGGAGGAUUAUAAGUGGGCAAGGUACCAUAUCACUGGAGCUUUUAGAGCAAGCCCCUCAUAUAGACGCUAUAAUUGUUCCCAUAAGUGGAGGUGGCUUGAUAUCAGGAGUGGCAUUGGCUGCCAAAUCUAUCAAUCCGGCCAUUCGGAUUUUGGCUGCUGAACCAAAGGGAGCAAAUGAUGCAGCUCAAUCAAAAGCCGCCGGUACCAUCGUAACAUUACCGGAAACAAACACGGUUGCUGAUGGCCUGAGAGCUUUCCUUGGUGAACUCACCUGGCCUGUAGUACGUGAUCUUGUUGAUGACAUAAUAACAGUGGAUGAUACGGAAAUCAUCGAUGCAAUGAGACUCUGCUAUGAGAUUCUUAAAGUUGCAGUUGAACCAAGUGGAGCCAUAGGCCUUGCAGCUGUCUUAUCUGAUAGCUUCAGGAGCAACCCUGCAUGGAAGGACUGCAACCAAAUAGGAAUUAUACUUUCAGGAGGUAAUCUAGAUCUUCAAGUGCUGUGGGAUUCAUAUCGAAAAUGAAGGUUACAUUUUUAUUGCUACUCUUUUGGAAACCAUUUAUUUUCCCCUUUAACUUGAGCUUUGACCUCUAAAUGCUUAUAUGAAAUCCAAUUGCUUUGUCUGCAA